AGGACUCAGGUGCAUGCUGGUUUCAAACAUGAUGAACAAUUGGUUGCCACCCUAUGGCCUGAUCGGACGGUCCACAAGGAAGGUCAUCAAAGUCGACGUUGAUAUUUAUGCCACUCUAUGCACCACUACGCAGGUGACCUGCAGUAGAAUUUUCGGGCAUUCAUUCUGAUGUCCUCGUGGGCGACGUAGUAUUUCAAGUUACAAUAUGGAUAAGAGAUAGAGAAGCAUCAAUAUUUAUAAAUAAG